AAUGAAAUUUUCCACACCUGGAAGUUCACCUGAAGGUUAGACGGGCUCCCGCUCCUCCAUAGAGCCAAUCUGUCUCACUUUUUAAACAUUUUAUUUUUCACCUUAUUGAUAAACAAAAAUGAUAUCAAGAAGACAGCUGAGUUGGCAGAAGUUGAGUGUUUUCUUCACAGUGCUUCCUUGCUGCUGGAGUUUGCAAGUGUCUAUUCAAAACAAGGAAUACAAAGUCACCAAGGGGGGAGAAGUGGCAUUGGUCUGUUCUUUUAUCCCUGCUGCUCCUGUUGAGAGCAACUUUAUCCUCACAUGGGAUGCUCACCCAGAUGUUACUGGAGAUCCACUGAAACCUGUGGCCACCUACAUCCUGAACAAUCCAGUUAGAAUUUCACCCUCUUAUGAAGGCAGAGCCUCUGUGGAGGUUGACAUUCCUAAGGGAAAGAGCACGCUCCACUUAACAAAGGUGACAAUGCAGGACAAUCGUCAUUACCAGUGCAACAUCAGAAUACUCGAGGAUGAUGAAGGAACAACAGCUGCGUCCACCUUCCUUUUGGUUCUGGAACCUCCUUCUCAACCAGUCUGCACCCUUCAGGGAUCAGCAGAAUAUUUCCACAACAUCACACUCACCUGUAAGUCCCAGGAGGGCUCCCCUCAACCGGUCUAUCAGUGGGCAACCUACAGUGUGGAAAACAUUCCCAGAGAAUUUCCGCCAAAGACAACUCAAAAUAAUGGAGUUUUGUCACUCUUCAAUAUUUCAAGAGACUCAUCUGGGUUUUUCAUUUGCCUUUCAUCAAAUGAAAUUGGUUCUGCCAGCUGCAACUUUACCCUAGCUGUGAUGCCAAGCAGUAUGAAACUUGGGUCUACUGCAGGCAUAAUUGGAGGAGUCGUUGCAGGUAUAGUGGUUCUGGGGAUUAUCAUUUUCUGCGGCUGCUGCAGGAAGAAGGGAAAAAGCAAAGAAAAUGCUGAAGAUUCUCCUAAGGAUAUGGUGUUUUAUGACAAAGAUGGUCUGGAGUCUGGAGAGCCGUACUUGGAUGAUAGGUCAAAGAUUGAGAAAAAUCUGGUUGAGCAGUUUGAAGACAAAUAUGUUGCUCAUCAAAGCCAAGAUAGCAUACUGAUACAAAAGGAUGAGGAUGAUCAAAAUAGUUACAUUAGUAGUAAAAAGAUACAUGAUGAGAAGGGCAGUGAUCUUGGUUCUCAUCAGUAUCAGGAAGAGCAACAGAAACACUGCCACAGAAGUCAAGAUCGCCGUGAUGAUCACGGUGACCAUUAUGGAAGUCGAGAUUGCCUGGAAGAUCGCCGGGAUUACUAUGGAAGUCGAGAUCGCCUUGAAGGCCAUCGGGAUCACUAUGGAAGUCGAGAUCGCCUUGAAGACCGCCGUGAUCACUAUGGAAGUCGAGAUUGCCUUGACAACCGCCGGGAUCACUAUGGAAGUCGAGACCGCCUUGAAGACAGCCGGGAUCACUAUGGAAGUCGAGAUCGCCUUGAAGACCGCCGUGAUCACUAUGGAAGUCGAGAUUGCCUUGACAACCGCCGGGAUCACUAUGGAAGUCGAGACCGCCUUGAAGACAGCCGGGAUCACUAUGGAAGUCGAGACCGCCUUGAUGACCGCCAUGAUCACUAUGGAAGUCGAGACCGCCUUGAAGACAGCCGUGAUCACUAUGGAAGUCGAGAUUGCCUUGACAACCGCCGGGAUCACUAUGGAAGUCGAGACCGCCUUGAAGACAGCCGGGAUCACUAUGGAAGUCGAGACCGCCUUGAUGACCGCCAUGAUCACUAUGGAAGUAGAGAUCGCCUUGAUGACCGCCACCACUACGGAAGUCGUGAUCAUCUUGACAACCGUCAUGAUCGCUAUGGAAGUCAAGAUCAUCUAGAAUCUAGAUGAUUGAUGAAACCAUCUUAGGGUCAACACAAGAAUUACCAAUGUUCAGUUUGACUUACUGAAUGGUUUAUUAGAAGCUGAAAAAUCUUUCAACAUUUGCUACAUGCAGUUAAGUUUAAAGUCUUGAAAAAAAAUUAGGAUGGAUGGAUGGAUGGAUGGAUGGAUGGAUGGAUGGACGGACGGACGGACGGAUGGAUGGAUUGAUUGAUUGAUUCCAGUGUGUUAAAAACUUGAUUUGUAAACUAAUAAUUACAGGUAAAUUUGUGUUGCAGCUCUUUGUGUUCAUUGCCAUUCUGCUAUGAAAUGUACUGCAUUAUAAUUGACCAUUUUAAAUAUUUUAGGCGUUUUUUGUGUUCAUGGUUUUGCAUUAAAUGUCCUAUUUGGGGUGUAAAUAAAGAACUUUUAUAUUGAUGCAGCCUGAGGAAGUUGAGGAAGUUUGCAGCCGCAAACAAAACGUAGCGGGAAAACAGGUAACAAAACUGUUCUGUGUUUUAAAAAAAACUACAGCAUAGCUUGUCCAGUGUUAGCUGUUGGUUCCUUGUGUGUGUGUGCUGUGUUUUUAUUGGGCUGUUCCUUGUGCUCGUGUAAUCAUCCUGCUUAUCCAUUAAAGGAUUUAUUUACUACUUUA